AUGAUUACAGUCAUCCCGAAAGCUUGGAAGGCGAAGGGAAAUCUUGUCGCUGGACAGGAAGCCCGCUUCCCUCACACAAAUGGAGACGUUCCAGCUGGAGCCCAUAAGAGUUUGAGGGUGGAGGCCGCCAUGAUAAGUCUGUAUCACUCAUCUGCUGACUGGAUCAUAGUACUUCUGAGGUAG